CAGCAUUUUCAUGGAAUGUUGCCUAGUAACUAAACUGUACAUUUUGUUGCUAUAUGGCAUCACUCAGCGCCAUACAAUUAGGGGACCCGCCAUUCCAAGCGUAUCCAAAAAAAUCACUUUAGGUUAACAAAUGAGUUUGUAACCACUAACCACUAGGUUCAUGUAAAGAGGGCCGUUUAAUGUGACGUCACACCCCCCAAAGCCAUCUAUGGUAGAGCUUUCUCAUUCAGUCAGCCUAUAGUCAGCAGAGCGCCGGCACAAAACCACCACAGAGUGACAAAAAUGAAUGUGGAACAUGAAGUUACACUGCUCGUUGAUGAGAUUCGUCGACUGGGCAGUACAAACGCAGAUGGGAAGAUCAGUGUCAAAUUUGGAGUCUUGUUUAAUGAUGACCAAUGCGCCAACCUCUUUGAAGCUCUGGUCGGAACGCUGAAAGCGGCCAAGCGAAAGAAGGUCAUCGCAUUCGAAGGCGAGCUCUUACUGCAAGGAGUUCACGACAACGUUGAUGUCAUAUUACUGCAGGACUGAAUCUACAGUCUUUUCUAAACUCAAGUAAAAAGUACAAAUGUGUUUUUGACAUGUCAUUGCUACAUUUUUGAUAUGGAAAUAUAUACUUGAGAAUGUAACAUUUUUGUAUACUGGAUUGGAAUAUUUUUAUACAGCAACUUUUUUUCUCUCAGGGGAGUGAUCUGCACAGUUUUUCUUUUUUUUAAAGUAGCAAUCUUCCCUGUUCAGUCAGCUCAACAGCUAACAAUUAUAGUGUGCAUGAUCGUGUUACUGGUUUUCUGUGAUUGAAUGAAUUCAUCAAAUACUGUUUUCAACCUAACGGAAAUGAAUAUCCACGCAGGUUAAUAUCAGUUUUACAGAAUAUACCUCUGAUGUCCUAUUCUGACUGUAUUGAUUGUAGACUGCAUAAUUGCUGUCUUUUACUGUAAUCAUGAGGUUGUUUGUUUGCAGUACCAUUACUGUGAAAUUAUUCAUGGUCAUUCAGGUUAUAUGUGCUAUAACAUCUCAAAGGCUGAUAAACAUAAAUAGUAAGUAACAUUUAUCUGCUGUAUGAUUUUCUGGAAUUAAAUGUUUAAAAAAAACAACCAAGUUCAACAAAUCAUCUGAACUGUUCCAGUGUGAUAUUCUGUUUUAUAAAGCUCUUGCAAAAACAUCCCCACAUUGUACUUGUGCUGUUUUUGUUAUUUAUGUCUGUACAAAUGUUGUAAGGCUCCCAAUGGUGUAGUCUGUGCCAUUUCAAGCUCAGGAAGACCUUAGCGUGAGCAGCAAUAUGAAAUAAAGACUUCAACAAUUAAAUAGAGGGGAGUAUGCUUAUAACUUUGUACUGGGUCAUUAAAUGGAUUAUGACAGUGGGGGGAAAAUAAAAAUCGAAUGAAGAG